GAUACUGUCACUCACGCUUGAUAUCGUAACCCGACCCACCUAUAUAAUUCCCUCUCUUUCUUCCCUCAUCGGCCGCUUCCAACAAAUUCUUUUAUCAUUGUUCUUCAAUUUUCAAUUCAAUCAAAUUGCGGCCCCUCUCGCCUGCGCCCCUUUGAACCCUUUACUUUGUUAUCAAUACGAUUUCCAGUUUUAGUUCUUUAUUGGGUUUGUUUUUCUUGGGUUUUAAUCGAUUGAUAUGGCGGCGAGUGCAUCUUGGCAUCCCCAGGAAAAUGGGUUCAACGAGAUCUGCGGCUUGCUGGAGCAGCAAAUUUCUCCUUCUUCGAAUCCUGACAAGUCCCAGAUUUGGCAGCAACUUCAGCAAUACUCUCAGUUCCCCGACUUCAAUAAUUACCUCGCUUUUAUUCUUGCACGAGCCGAGGGUAAAUCAGUUGAGGUUCGACAGGCUGCUGGCUUGCUUUUAAAAAACAACCUCAGAACUGCAUACAAGUCGAUGACUCCUGCCUUUCAGCAAUAUAUUAAAUCCGAAUUGUUGCCAUGUAUGGGAGCUGCAGACAGACAUAUUAGGUCUACAGUCGGGACCAUCAUCAGUGUCAUUGUUCAACUAGGGGGAAUAUUGGGGUGGCCUGAGUUGUUGCAAGCACUUGUAAGAUGCUUAGACAGUAAAGACCAGAAUCACAUGGAAGGUGCUAUGGAUGCUCUGUCCAAGAUUUGUGAAGAUAUACCUCAAGUGCUUGACUCAGAUGUACCUGGAUUGUCUGAACGCCCAAUCAACAUAUUUCUUCCUAGAUUAUUUCAGUUUUUUCAGUCGCCACAUACUGCAUUGAGAAAACUUUCCUUGAGUUCUGUGAAUCAAUACAUCAUGCUGAUGCCAACUGCACUAUAUAUAUCCAUGGACCAGUAUCUUCAAGGUUUAUUUGUUCUUGCUAAUGACCCUACGCCAGAUGUGCGAAAGCUGGUUUGUCAAGCAUUUGUUCAGCUAAUUGAAGUACGCCCAACUUUCUUGGAGCCACACCUGCGGAAUGUAAUUGAAUACAUGUUGCAAGUCAACAAGGAUGCUGACGAGGAAGUUUCACUUGAAGCCUGUGAAUUUUGGUCAGCAUAUUGUGAUGCCCAAUUACCUCCUGAGAACUUAAGAGAGUUCUUGCCACGUUUAAUUCCAGCAUUAUUAUCAAAUAUGGUUUAUGCCGAUGACGAUGAAUCACUUCUUGAGGCUGAGGAAGAUGGAUCUCUUCCAGACCGAGAGCAGGAUCUAAAACCCCGUUUCCAUUCAUCAAGGUUACAUGGGUCAGAAAAUGCAGAAGAUGAUGAUGAUGACAUUGUAAAUAUAUGGAACUUGCGCAAAUGCAGUGCUGCAGCUCUUGAUAUUCUCUCAAAUGUGUUUGGGGAUGAAAUUCUUCCUAUGUUGAUGCCCAUUGUUGAGGUCAAUUUGUCCGCUAAUGGUGAUGAAGCCUGGAAAGAAAGGGAAGCUGCUGUAUUGGCUCUUGGUGCCAUAGCUGAAGGUUGCAUUAGUGGACUUUAUCCCCAUCUACCUGAGAUUGUUACAUUUCUCAUUCCUCUUUUAGAUGAUAAAUUUCCUCUAAUAAGGAGUAUAUCUUGUUGGACACUUUCUCGUUUCAGCAAGUUCAUUGUGCAGGGCAUUGGAAAUCAGAAAGGUUACGAACAAUUUGACAAGGUUCUCAUGGGACUUUUACGAAGAUUAUUGGACAAUAACAAGAGGGUGCAAGAAGCUGCUUGUUCAGCUUUCGCAACGCUGGAGGAGGAAGCUGCCGAGGAGUUGGCACCACAUUUGAAAAAUAUAUUGCAGCACCUAAUAUGUGCUUUUGGAAAAUAUCAGAGGCGGAAUCUAAGGAUAGUGUAUGAUGCUAUUGGAACCUUAGCAGAUGCUGUUGGAGGGGAGCUAAAUCAGCCUGUUUAUCUUGAUAUUCUCAUGCCACCAUUAAUUGCCAAAUGGCAGCAACUUUCGAACUCAGACAAAGAUCUUUUUCCACUGUUGGAGUGCUUCACAUCUAUAGCACAGGCUUUGGGGACUGGAUUUGCCCAAUUUGCUCAGCCUGUGUAUCAGAGAUGCAUAAGCAUCAUCCAGACCCAACAAAUGGCAAAGGUCGAUCCUGUUUCUGCUGGGGUUCAGUAUGAUAAAGAGUUCAUUGUGUGCUGUCUUGAUCUUCUUUCAGGUCUCGCAGAAGGUCUUGGCAGUGGAAUUGAGAGUUUGGUUUCUCAAAGCAAUCUGAGGGACUUGCUUUUGCAAUGUUGCAUGGAUGAAGCUUCUGAUGUCCGACAGAGUGCCUUUGCAUUGCUUGGGGAUCUUGGAAGAGUAUGCCACAUCCAUUUGCAACCGCGUUUAUCAGAAUUUCUUACUGCUGCAGCAAAGCAACUGGAUACUCCUAAGCUGAAGGAAAUUGUUUCUGUUGCAAACAAUGCCUGCUGGGCAAUUGGAGAAUUAGCUGUUAAGGUGCGCCAAGAAAUUUCUCCCGUUGUUAUGACAGUGAUUUCAAGCUUGGUCCCGAUUCUUCAACAUGCACAGGAGCUAAAUAAAUCUUUGGUAGAAAACAGUGCGAUUACACUUGGAAGGAUUGCAUGGGUUUGUCCUCAGCUAGUGUCACCACAUAUGGAACAUUUCAUGCAACCAUGGUGCACUGCUUUAUCCAUGAUACGUGAUGAUGUAGAAAAGGAGGAUGCUUUCCGAGGUCUUUGUGCUCUGGCUAAAUCAAAUCCUUCAGGGGCAGUAAAUUCACUUGCUUAUAUGUGCAAAGCUAUUGCCAGUUGGCAUGAAAUAAGGAGUCAAGAUCUUCAUAAUGAAGUAUGCCAGGUUCUGCAUGGUUAUAAGCAGAUGCUGGGAAAUGGUGGGUGGGACCAGUGUAUUUCUUCACUAGAACCAUCUGUGAAGGACAAACUGUCAAAAUAUCAAGUAUAGGAUGUGAUGUUUAUCAGUUUACUUCAGCAAGUAUUCUUCUCAAACAUAUGCUUCAAAUUCUGUCUCGAAACCAAUGGGGUCGUUUUGUGCGUGUCUUGCUCUUAUGAUUGAUUGGAGCAAACAUCAAGUUUUAGUUUGUAGUGGCAGAAAAAAAUCAAGGUUGCUGAGCUUGAAGAUAAUUGCACAUCCUCAAGAUUUUAUACAGGUUGACUUGGUUGAGACGGCACUUAAAAAUGAAGCCAGCUGAAGUGAGAAAAUGCUGUACAGGGGGAUUAUGUUGAGAUAGUGUGGUGCCCUUAUAGAGUGUUCCCAAUAUUUUCCAUUCCUUUCCUUUCCUUUCCUUUCAUCACGAGUCUGGAUUCGUUAUAUCGAUUUUGGGGCGAUGGUUUGCUUUACAGGAAGUCAUAUAGGUAGAGUCUAGUACAUUUUUCGUUUCCUUUUUAAUUUUAUGACUUUGGUCCUAUGAUUUUUCCAUUAAUGAAUAGGGCGAUUACGAUAGUUCUUCUUUUUUUAAUGAAGGAUAGAGGUGAGUUAUUCUUGCUACAUUUAGCAACUGUGGCGAUUUGGGAAUUUUUUGUUUUUGUUUUUGGAAGCAAAUAAGGAACUGUUAUGAUGUACUUUAGUCUUAUAUAAUUAAACCAUUUGAUGUUUGUACUAAAACUUCCACUCUUUGUCUGGGCAUUAUCUUCACAAUCAGCCUGCAAAAGCAAAUUAUGAAUAGUUGUUGAGUGAAGUUUUUGAGAGAAUUUGUUGGAGUAAAUGGUGAAAUGAGAAUGAGAAUGAGUUUUUAAA